GAGUGCAUCAGAGCCUUAGGUAGAAAUAAACCUCAUACUCCUUUCCGAGCAAGUAAACUCACUCAGGUAUUAAGGGAUUCAUUCAUAGGUGAAAACUCUCGUACCUGCAUGAUUGCCACAAUCUCUCCAGGAAUGGCAUCCUGUGAAAAUACUCUUAAUACAUUAAGAUAUGCAAAUAGAGUAAAGGAGUUUGGAAUUAGUCCAUCAGACAUUCCCUUCUCACAGGGUAGUGGCAGUCGCCCUGAUCUCUCUCCUUCUUAUGAGUAUGACGACUUUUCUCCUUCGAUUACCAGGGUGAAAGAACUGACUGUAGAUACUACUGCUGCUGGUGAUGUCCGUCCAAUAAUGCACCAUCCACCAAACCAGAUUGAUGACUUAGAGACACAGUGGGGUGUGGGGAGUUCCCCUCAAAGAGAUGACCUGAAACUUCUUUGUGAACAAAAUGAAGAAGAGGUUUCUCCACAAUUGUUUACUUUCCAUGAAGCUGUCUCACAAAUGGUAGAAAUGGAAGAACAGGUCGUAGAAGAUCACAGAGCAGUGUUCCAGGAAUCUAUUCGCUGGUUAGAAGAUGAAAAGGCCCUCUUAGAGAUGACUGAAGAAGUUGACUAUGAUGUGGAUUCAUAUGCUACACAACUCGAAGCUAUUCUUGAGCAAAAAAUAGACAUUUUAACUGAACUGCGAGAUAAAGUGAAAUCUUUUCGUGCAGCUCUACAAGAAGAAGAACAAGCCAGCAAGCAAAUUAACCCGAAAAGACCCCGUGCCCUUUAAAUUGGAAUUUAUUGCUAAAGGAUCCCCGAACCCUCACUAGUGUAACAUACAAUGGUUCAGCUGUAAGGGCCAUUUGAAAGUUUAAAAUUCAAGUAUCUGUGAGAAAUGUCCUUCACCUAAAUGACAUUUCAAUUUUGUGAAAAAACUCCUUUGUCUACAAAAUGCUUAUAAUCCAGGAAGUACAACCAAGAAUUGGGAUUAGUGAAGUAUUUUGUUUCAUUUACCCAAAUAGUGAUUUACUUUUGGAGCUCCUUGCCAAUUUUAUUUUCCAUUUGAUUAAAUAAGAUUGUGGACUUGAUCCAGAAGUGGAGGGUAGGAGAAAGCCUCAGCAUUUCCUUUUAACUCAGUUCAAUUUUCAUAGCAAGACUGAGCAGUUUUAAAUACUUUGCGUGCAUGCAUACCUCAUCAGUGAUUGUACAUACCUUGCCACUCCUAGAGACAGCUGUGCUCAUCUUCUUGUGCCUUGACUAAGGCUACUGACCCUAAAUUUCUGAAGCACAGCCAAGAUAAAUUACAUUCCUUAUGUCAUUGUAAAUUACCUUACUGUGUGUACAUUUUUACUGUAUUUGAGACUUUUUGUGUGAUUAGUUAAUUUUGCAGGAUGUGCCAUAUCAUCGAACGGAACUAAAGUCUGUGACAGUGGACAUAGCUGCUGGACCACUCCAACUUACAUGUAAAGAAAUCUGGAAUUAUGAUUUUUAAAACCAUAUAACAUGUGAUUAUAAUUUUCUUAGCAUUUUCUUUGUAAAAAAACUAAAAUAUAAACUAGUUGGUGUAUAAUAAAAAGUAACGAAAUUCUGAGAAGAGUUUUAUCUUAGGAUAAUACAUAUAUGCAGUGUGCGUGCCAGUGUGGUAUUAAAAAAUUUAAUAGUUCAGUUUGAUCCUUACCAAUACCAUUACUUAAGUUGACGUGUUCAUUAGCACCUCAGAAUUUACCUUCUGUAUGUACUGUUGAAGGAAAUUGGCUUCUGAUGCAUGAGCAUAUAUAUGUACAUUGAAAGUAAUUCAUAAUAGAAGUUAGUUUAAAUGAACUGUAGACAGUACAUAACUCCCUUGGAAGAGAAUUAAGCUGAGAAAGAGUUGACAUUGCCUUAAAAGGCAGGUCUCACCUAGCUCCAUCCAGUACCUAAUGUGUGAUGUUUCAAUAUGGUUUAGGGAGAACACUGCAUUCUCAGCAAAAGUCUGGUGGUCUACUCUUUAAAUGACAGCACUGAUUUUUACAAAUUGCUACUCUUAAGAAAGAAAACUGGCCAUUUUUCAUGUAAAUAGUGUGUUUAAAGAUUUAUAUAUCUCUCUAGGAGUAUUCCCUCAGUUCCUAGUCCAGGAGUAGAUUAAUAAAAAAAACUUCCCAAGGAUAUCUUAUUAUUGUUUACUCAAGGGAACUACAAGCUUAUUCAUGAACCAAAGGGAAGCUAUGAAUAGAGAGUCACAUGAGCCAAAUUCUCUACUUCACUGUUUAUAACUCAAGAGGGUAGCUGUCAGAAAUCCUAAUACCAUGGUGAAAAGCUCUGUAAACAUGAAAUCUAUAACAAAUGUAGAUUUUUUUUCACAAUAUGCUUAUUAAUAAAUGAAAUGGAAUGAGUUUAGAGAUAGUUUAAUUCAACACAGACACUUUUGUUUUGGAAGGAACUCAGGUUUUCUUGCAGUUGUAAGAUACACUAUGUUUAUUUCAAAGACAAAAGGAAAAAAAUGGAGAACUGUUUUUAUUGUCCUUACAUAGGCUGUUUAAAAAUGUAGUUUUUAAGACUGACCAAUCUGUAAGGGGCAGUAAAGAUGUGAAAUUUGCUCCCUGUAAGCACAACAGAUUAGCUCUAUCUGCAUUAGGUGGGUACUAUCUUUGAAAGAUCUUUUUUAUAAACAAAUAUGCUGCCUUAAAUACUAUGAUGACUUCAUUCUGAUCAGUAGUCAAGACAUUCAAACAUUAGUACCAGAAAAUAUCUUAGGAAGUAGUAUAAUGUGGUCCUUCAGAUUAACCGAAGGCCAGAAAAAGAGAAUAAAACUCAGCAGCAGCUCACAGGGGAUAGGGAAACAACCUAAGAAAGCUGAAUUAAAUCUUAAAUUUUGUUUUCUGUAAGGAUACAGAUGGUACAAGUGAACUUUGCAAAGUAGUUUUGUGAGAUUUUUAAAAAAAUAUCAAUCCUUAAGUAUAUUUAACAUUCACAUAACA